GGUAGAAGCAGUGGCUGGUUUUCGGAACCGUUAUCGCACGCGUUGGCCUUCGUCAUCGGCAAGAGAAUCCAAUCUCACGGCGAAUGAAACAAUGACGCCGUGGGUAAGGGUCACCGGAACUAUCAAAGACAAAGGAAGCAUUUGGGCGGCCAAGUUCGCUCCGCCCACCAUCCUCCGGAACCCCGUUCUCGAGACGGCCGUCAUCAAAGCUACCAGCCACGAUGAGCGCCACAUCGACUACAAGAACGUCGAGAGAGUCAUGCAAUGGCUCGCCGCCUCGCCGCUUCACCUGAAACCUCUCGUUUUCAGUUUGUCCUUGCGCAUGAAGAAGACGCGUAGCUGGCCCGUCGCUCUCAAGGGCUUAAUGCUCAUCCAUGGAAUUUUCUGUUGCGACUUCCCUGCCCUACAGAAAAUCGGACGCUUACCUUUUGAUCUCUCCGAUUUCACCGAUCGCCAUUCCAAAUCAGACAAGGUAUGGGGCUUCAAUGCUUUCGUUCGUUCGUAUUUUACGUAUUUGGAUCAGCGAUCAGCGUUUGUGUCGUCCGAAUACCAAAAGAGAAGCAAACAGAGGAAGGAGAUCGAGGACACGUUGAUGCAAGAGCUGGAGAAAUUGCAGAAGAUGCAAACCCUAAUCGACACGAUCCUCCAGAUCAGGCCUCUGAACGAGCGAAUAAACAACGUGGCCCUGAUUCUGGAAGCCAUGGAUUGCAUGGUCGUGGAGCUGUCCGAUCUGUACGGUAAAUUCUGCGGAGAGAUGUCUCGAAUCCUCUUGAGAAUUUAUGACAUGGGAGGGAAAAUGGAAGCCAGUUUAGGGCUUCGUGUUGUGCAGAAAGCUGCAAUACAAGGGGAAGAACUUGCUUGUUACUUCGAGUUUUGCAGAGAAAUGGGGAUAGUCCAUGCUUAUCGGAGCCCCAAAGUUGAACGAAUCUCUGAAGAAAACAUUCGAACUCUGGAGCGAAUGGCCAAUGGGGAAGACGAGAAGAAGAUGAUAGAGAUGGAGAAAAAGGAAGAGAAGGGCAUAGUGCUGCCAUCGAAGGAAGGUUCAGAGACAGUGAUAACAGAGAAAUGGGAGGUAUUUGAGGACGAUAAUAGAGGUUUGAAUGAUGGGAAUAAUAGUAUAAUUGCAUCGGCCAAUUCUAACCCCUUUCUAGAGGAAUCAUUCUAUAGCCUCGUACCUUAUAAUCCACCUCUUCCAGAUUUAAUCACUUUCUAGGCGCUCUGCAUGUGAUGGUCGUUCCUUUUCUAUGGCAUGCAACAUAUAUACUAUCCUCCUUAUUUUUUUUUUU